UGGGAUUCUAUUGAGAACAAGUCCACUGUUUUUGUCUAUGGUGGAGGUGCCAUUGUUGCUCUCUGGUUGUCUUCUAUUAUUAUCAGUGCUAUCAACUCUGUUCCUCUGCUGCCGAAACUUAUGGAGCUGAUCGGGCUUGGUUACACCGGAUGGUUCGUGUACCGUUAUCUGUUGUUCAAGUCGAGCCGAAAAGAGUUAGCAGAAGACAUUGAAUCUCUGAAGAAGAAGAUUGCAGGGACAGAAUAGAUAGAAAAGCCUGAAAAAAUUGUCAAACUUUCUUGUACAACGAAUUCUAAGUUUGUGUAGUGUUUAAAUUGCUUGUGAUUCUUGUGCUUACUUGUUUCUUCUUUUUUUCCUUUGUGCGCCAUUGAAUUCUUCAAAUUUGCAGAUUUUGUGGUUAAAAUAAUUUUUUGUUAAAGCUGCUGCUAAUCAU